AUGUGUUGCACAUUAAGUUUAGUGAUUUUACUUUAUGUGGCCUAUUAUUUAUAUAAACAUUUCUUUCCAUCGCCAGAUAUUAAUCCAAAGGAUAAAUAUGUUCUUAUUAGUGGUUGCGAUACAGGAUUUGGUCAUGCAUUAGCUAUUGAACUUGAUAAACAAGGUUUUAAUGUAUUAGCUGGUGUUUAUGUUAAUGAUAAUAUAAUUUCACUUAAAAAUGAACUUUCAUCAAAUGCUACUGUUUUUCGUCUUGAUAUAACAAAAGAUGAAGAUAUUAAUUCUGUUUAUGCAUUGGUCGAGAAGAAAACAAAUACACUACAUGCACUUGUUAAUAAUGCAGGGAUCGCUAUCAGCGGUUAUAUUGAUUGGAAUACAUCAGAAUUCUUACGUAAAACAAUGGAUGUAAACUUUUUUGGACAUGUGGCAAUGACAAAAAAACUCCUACCUUUAUUAAUUAGUAAACGUGAUUCACGCGUUAUUAAUAUUUGUUCAGUAGCUGGAUUUUUAGCACCACCAUGUCUAUCGGCUUAUUCAGCGUCAAAAUAUGCUUUAGAAUCAUUUUCGGAUUGUCUUCGUCGAGAAAUGGCUCCAUGGGGUUUACGUGUUAGUAUUAUUGAACCAGGAUUUAUGCGUACGCCAAUCCUCGAAUCAACAUCUAUCUCAUUUGAAGAUCUCUGGUCAUCACUAUCAAAAGAUGUACAAAUGAGAUGGGGUGAAGAUUUUGUUAAAGAAAAAUUGAGCAAAAAAGCAACCAGUCUAUUAAUUAAAUAUGCUGAAAAUCCAAUGAAAGUGGUACGAGCACUUCAGCAUGCUAUUAUCAAUACAAAACCUAGUAUUCGUUAUCGACCAGGUUGGCAAUCAAGUUUCAUCUUUUCCCCAGUCUCUAUGAUGCCUGCUUGGAUCACCCAUUGGAUUUUGAAUAAAUUGGACAAUUUAAGUGUUCUUCCUGCAAGCGUUUAUAAACAAUUGAAAGACUGA